UCCCAGGGUGUCAGCGGGAGUCAGCGACUUCGCCCCAACGAUCUACCUCGGCUCCACAGAUGAAGAGCCACAUCCGGACCUCCGAGGCAGGCAGGUCUGGAAUUUUGAGGGAUCAGUUGACAUUCAGGAUUUGUGAAGGCGACUAGUAGAGCCGUAUUGAGAUAGUACUCGGUUGGAAGGCCGAGCAAAUCCUUUGGGAGGUCGAGACCGGUUUGAGACCGGUCGAAACGCAAUUCACGAACGGUGAUCAUCCUUUGUCCGAGUGAUUUCAGGGGUACAGUGACCCGACUUCGUAUUCAGAGCCUCUUCGUGCCAAGCGCAGGAAUGACAAUCAUAUAUCCUUCACAGCUCCAUCGCAAUGCCUGACGAUCAAUACGAGUUGCUCCAUGGAGAUCCGUCCAGUAGGACCAGUAGUGACUCACGUGUCGACGAGGCCAGCGAGGACACCGAGGGUACCGAGUCCUCCAAUGGCGAUGACAGACUAGUAAUGGAGGGCGACUAUUUGCCAGCCCAAGAGAGUUGCACGAGGUCACUCGCCCGAGGCGUCAGGAUGACCUUCAAGUCCACCGCCGGGUCCAUCAUGAAUGGAUUAUCGCGGACCUCUGCUGCACUCGGGAGCUGUGCUGACGGGACCUGCAACGGUGUCUGGUCCUGCUUCGUCCCUAUACGAACGUAUCACACAAUUUCGGCCAGAAAUUAUUGGGCAGGAGGUCUUAUCCAGUCAGCAGAAACAAUUGCGACAUGUCCCAUCAUGAAGUGGGACGGUCGCCCUUAUGUGGAUGUGACUGUGAAUGGUGCGUCUUGUCUGCUGAAGUCCACCGUAAUGUGCCCAUUCGUCUGCGCUGGCUUGAUCUUACUGUGGCCCGGGCAAUCGCAAGAGGACUGCCAGGAUUGCUUCUGCGAUUGCUGCCCUGAUGCAUUAGAAGAAGGAAAGAGCAAGUAUCCGCCAACAAGGGCCAAUGACACUCAGACUGUAGUCCGAGAACCCCCCGCUCCAAGGGAUGAAGUCAUGCAGACGUCCGGACAGUCUGCAUUAGGAGACACUGAGGGCAUCACCUCCGCUCCGACCUGAGGGUCUGCCAGGAUCAGGGCCACAGUCGCUCGGAAGGAGAUGAUGGUAAAAUACACCUUUGCAGAGAUGAUGGGAUGUAUCGGUUUC